CCCACAUCCUGCACCCCGAACAUCAUGUCUACCACAAAGACGACGUUGAUCACCGGAGGUGCAAGCCAAACCGGACUCGCACUCGCCCGACUUCUCUCAGCCACACCCGGACACGAUGUUGUCUUCGCCUCUCGUUCUGGCCGCGGGAUCCCUGACGGAUUUUCCUCUGUCAAGUUCGACUGGCACGAUCCCUCGACCUUUGAGACGCCAUUCUCUAACAACUCGUCACCGAUCCACUCUGUGUACAUCCUCCCUCCUAGUGGCAGUGAUCCUGAUCGAAUCGUCAUCCCGUUCAUCGACCUCUGCGUCCAGAAGGGUGUGAAGAGAUUCAUUUUCCUCAACGGGAGCACGAGCGACAUUACGAGACCUUUGGAAGAGCUGAUAUACAAAGGGUUCGCAAAGGUGCAUAUCUACCUGGAUGGGUUGAAGAAGGGUAAUCCGAAUGUCGAAUUCUUCGUCGUCCGACCCACUUGGUUUAUCGAGAACUUUGAUCGAUUCUUCGGAACCGAUAUCCGUAGCAAGGAUGAAUUCGUAACCUCCAUCCCCACCGGCAGAAUCCCAUUCGUUGGCGUCGACGAUGUCGCACAAGUGGCUUACGAAGCUAUCAUCGACGAGAAGAAUAACGUGACGGAAAAGAUUGUCGGGGGUCCUGAAUUGCUGACAUAUGACGAGGCUGCAAAAGUACUUUCUGAAGCCCUCGGACGCCCCAUCACCCACAAAGUGGUCUCACACGACGAGCAAGGCAGAUUAUACGCGAGGCUCGGAUUAGGCCCAGAGUACGUCCAGUCUUCUAGACAUGCGGAAGCGGGCGGCGAGGAGAAAUGGUGGAGGGAGAGGGACGUAAAUAACAAGGUUCAGGUUCACAUUGGAAAGGUUACAGUAAAGGAAUGGGCGGAGAAGAACAGUUCACUCUUCAACCGCUCGAAUUAGUCUAUUAUUGUGGGAACUAGUGGUGGCACCCUGAGAUGCCAACGAGCUCUGAUUCCUUUCGAACAUGCAGUCUAUUGUACAGUUUACUAGCAACGUUUCAUAAGAAACGUCAUGGAAGGAGGAUCUUGUUCUGUGUUUAGGCGCAGGUAGGACGGAUGGGUUGAGCCUUGGGGACUUUCUGAAGUGACGACGACCAUAAGAGCGGGGGAUAGGUUGUGCCAUCGCCCUAUGAUUCAGGUCAGCCGAUGUCAUAGUGCCGUACGGUCAUAGGUUCACGGUA